GAGAAUUUGGUGGAAAGCAAGCACCACAAGCUUGCCAGGAGCUUAAGAAGCGGCCCUUCGGAUCAUGACCUUAAACCCAAUGCUACUACUCGAGAUCAAUUGAAUAUCAUCGUGAGUUACCCACCUACAAAGCAACUAACGUACGAAGAACAGGACUUGGUGUGGAAGUUUCGGUACUAUCUCACCCAUCAAGAAAAGGCCUUGACCAAAUUCUUGAAGUGUGUCAACUGGGGUCUUCCUCAAGAAGCAAAACAAGCUCUGGAACUCCUGGGCAAAUGGAAGCCGAUGGAUGUGGAGGACUCCCUGGAGCUCCUCUCCUCACAGUUCACUAACCCGACCGUCCGCCGCUACGCUGUGGCCAGAUUGCAGCAAGCAGAUGAUGAGGAUCUGCUGAUGUAUUUGCUGCAGCUGGUCCAAGCUCUGAAAUAUGAAAAUUUUGACGACAUCAAGAGUGGGUUGGAGCCCACAAAGAAGGAAACUCAAGGAUCCGUGUCGGAGAGCAUGGCCGCGUCUGGAGUCACUGCGCCUGAAAUAGAGAGCUCACAGAUCAUCACGAGCCCUCUGCCCCUCAUUUCUUCCCCGCUACCAACGGCCAAAACGAAAGAAUCGGCUGAGAAUGAAAACCUUGAGGUAUGUGAUUGUGGAGUGCGAAGACCGGGACACACAGCAGAGGGACCCCAAGACUCACGAAAUGUACCUCAACGUCAUGCGAAGGUUUAGCCAAGCCCUCUUAAAGGUAAGGAUUAAUUUUUUUUCCCCCAUUGUGCAAGACGGACAUUAGAAAAACUACAGACGAGAAGAUAAUAUCUGUAGCUCAGGGUUGAAAGCACCAGAAGGCAAAAAACAAUGGACUGAAGUCUCAAAAAAUGUUAAAUUAUGU